AUGGCGCCCUCCAAGGCUAAGGACCUGGACCGUCCAAGUGCUAGCGAGCGCAUACAUUCUGGCCUGGAGAACAUCCUGCCAGCGAGCUUCAUCGAUAUGCAAAAGUGCGCUGGCGACUUCCCCAAGGAGAACAAGUCACAUCUAUCUCCACACUCUCGGCCGUCUGCGACCCCACUCUCCAGUUUGUCGCGUUCCGUAUCGUCCAUGACAGACAGCUUCAUGCUAGAACACUGGGGUCCCUCUUCUUCAAAGUCUACGCGACCUGAACACGAUGCCAGAGACAGCGCAGAGGCCCCACCCAAGGGCGAGGACGCGCCCACUGUCAUAUCAAACUGGGCGCAUCUUUCCUACAUUAAAGCCCAGCGUAAUACGCUCCGCGCUGAACUCAAAGCACACCAGGUCGCAGGGGCUGAAGCGAAGCGGUCGGUGACAUCACUGCGGCGUCUUGCUUUUCGCAUGGCCGUAAACAUAUCGGUCAAGGAGAAGCAGAUUGCAACUACUGCAAGGAAUCUGGCCAAAAGUAGGACAAGCCACUAUGUGGAGGGCAAGGAUGCACAGAAGAGAGUGGAGGAGUUGAAGAGGGCGCUGCGGGUUGAAGAAGGCCGGAACAAGGAGAUCCUUGAGGCACUGGAGCGGGCCUCCAUGCUGACACUUCAAUCAACCAAGGAAGAUGGAAAGCUUCUGGAAGCCACACGUGAGGGCCUGGAACAGGAGAUUCACAGCCAUCAGUCUCGGAUUGCUGCUCUAGAACGCUCGAGGUCUACAGUACAAGAGACGCUGGAGUCAACUAAGGCGCAGUUGACCAUCACAUCAGGUGCCGAGGAGACGCUGAAGCAGGAGCUGAAGGCCAAAUGUGAUGAGAUCGCAGAUUGGGAGCAGAAGAAUGGAACUAUGCAUCAUACGAUCGAAGCGCUACAAAAGGACAAAGUCGACCUAAAUAACCGUCUAGACGAACGAAAUGCCGAGAUUAGGAAGCUCGAGAUCCGUACAGCCACUCUUGAGGAAACUCUACACUCUUUACGCAACAAGGUCGAGACCGCUGACCGGUACGAAUCAUCUCUACAGGACCGCCUUGCCGAAAAGGAGAGUACAUGCCAGGAUCUGCAAAAGCGACUUGACCGCGGACAGGAGCACGUCUCACGUCUAGAGCAAAAGAUCACCAGUUACGAGAAAGAUGCGGCUGAACACUUGCGGAAGAUUGAGAUCGGUGGGAGUGUCAUCCUUACGCUGCGUGAGCAACUACAAGAGUCGCAAUUGUCAAGCAAGAACACCGGAGACGCCCUGACAGCUUUGAAAGAGGAGCUGGAACAGCUCAAGACUAAGUUGGAGGCUGCGAGCGAUGCCAGUCGAGCGCUGUCUGCAGAGCUUGAGACUACCCGGACCGAGAAAGCCAACACGCAGAAGGAGUUGCACGCUGCCCAAGAGAGCCUCGAACGCGAGGUUAAGUCGAAAACCGACCUUCAAGCGGAGCUGGAUACUCUACGCACCUCUCACGACGCCAUUGAGGAAGACUUACUACAAGCUCAACAGCGCAACCAGUCUUUGGAGGCGACCGAUGCCAAGAGUCAGGCACAGCUAGAGACACUCCGUGAUGAGAAGGCGGCACUCGAAGCCGAUUUGAAAGACUCCCGACAGCUUUUGUUCAGACUACGUGAGGAUGUACGGAUGAGAGACGCCGAGCUUUCCGACCUGCAGUCUGUCAAGUUGAAGCUUGAAAAGAAGCGCCAAAUAUCAGAAGAGCGCGUGUCGAAUUUAGAGCAAGAACUACAUCAGGUGGAGGCGUCAAAGCAAGCUGCCGAUGAGCAGCAUGCGCAAGAAAUCCAGAAGAAUGCCGAACACCUUCGCGAACUGGAGGCAUCCAUGGUCAGCCUUCGCACUGUGCUUGACUCGUCAGAGAAGCUUGAGGCUUCCUUACGUGGAGAGCUGGAUCGCGCGCGCAGUUCCAAGGAUGCUGUUGAGAACGAGCUCGAACAGGCACUUCGAUCAAAGACGGAUCUUGAAAGUCAGGUCGAGCACAUCCAAUCACGACUCACAUGGACUGAAGGCGAUCGCGACAGCUUGCAGACCAAGAUUACCCAACUUGAGAACGACUUGCGUACUAGCUCACAGGCUAAGAGUGGACUUGAUGCGCGACUCUCUGCUACGACAAAUGAGAGUGACUCGCUCAAGGUUCUUAUCUCGGAACUGGAGGCUGCGCUUACAGACAGCACUGAUGCGAAGACGAAAGCUGAAGAAGCAUUGUCGAUUGCACAGCUGGAUGGCGAGACGUCUAGCAAAGACUUGGCGGACCUUCGUGAGAAGCUUGAACAAGUUGAAUCUGCUAGGGAUAGUGUGCAGCAGGAGCUGAGCGACGCGACUCGCUCCAACACAGAUUUUGAGGCCCAGCUUAGUGCAGCGAAAGAUCGCUUGACUAAGGCGGAGGAAGCGUUAUCAGCAGCACAGCUUGACGGCGAAGCAUCUAGCAAGGGCCUCAUGGAUGUUCGUGGGCAACUCGAAGAGGUGGCAGCAGCUAGAAAGGGUUUGCAACAGGAGCUCAACGUUGUGAUCGGCUCCAACAAGGACCUGGAGACUCAGCUCGGCGCAGCGAAGGAUCGCUUGAUUAAGUCAGAGUCUGAGGCUCAGGACGUACGCUCGCAACUCUCGGGGUUGCAAGAUGAGGUCGCAGAGCUUCAUCGAUCGAAACAGCAACUCAAGGAACACCUGCUGGCCCACAAUGCCUCCCACGAAAAGCUCGAUGAGGAUUUACUGCUCACUCAGUCUCAAUUGAAGGAGGUGCAAUCCCAGAUCCCGCAUCUUGAGGCGCGACUAGCCAGCAGCGAAGAAGAGCUCGAAGCUAUGUGCCGAGCCAAGGUCGUCACUGAGAAGCGACUCGAGGAGACACAGGCUGCCAAUGCUAGCUUGGAGAGGGAGCUUGAUAUUGCGCGAAAGAACAAUGAGGAGAUCAAGGGUCGACUCAAUCGCACCACUACCACCAACGCGCAAUUGGAGAAGGAUCUCACUACGACACGUUCCAAGAUGGCAGAGUCGGACGCACACAAGACUGAACUCACUUCCAAGUUAGCCGACGCAGAAAAAGAGCUCGACGGCCUCCGAAAAAUGCAGGACGAUGUCGAAAAGAAGUUAGGCGAAGCGUUGGCUGUCUCGGCAAGCAGAGAAGAAAGUCUAUCUUCGACUCGCACCCGGCUGAACGAGGUUGAAUCUCAGAACGCCGCCAUCUCUGCGGAGCUUACCAGAACGAACGAAGAGUUGAAUGCUCUUCAACACGCGAAGAUCGAGCUGGAAAGCAAGGCAGGUAGCGCUGAACAGCAAGUCGGCUCUCUUCAGGAUGAUAUGACAAACAUGCGCUCACGCAUAGCCGAACUGGAAUCAAACAGCACUGACUUGGUUUCUAAGCUGUCAGCCAGCAGUAAAGAGCUGGAUGAACUCAGAUCAGUUCACACAAAGCAUGAGGAGUCUUCUCGAUCCGCGUCAGAUCGCAAUAGUGCGCUUGAGGCCGAAUUCCGCGCUGCUCAGAUGCGGCUGGACAUUGCUGAGUCGGAAAGCCUUGAAAUGCUUAACGACCUCAUUGCGGCCAACGAAGAACUCGGAUCUCUUCGCGAGUCGAACGCUACGCUUGGAGCUUCGGAGAAAGAACUGUUCGCCCGCAUUACUGCAGCAGAGGAAGAGCUCGAGAGCACACGUGAGAAGAACGCAAAGCUGGAAGCCUUCCUUGAGCGUGUGGAAGCCGACAUGGCCGAUGCUCACUCCGCCGUUGAGGAUACCGAGAGACGCUACCACGAAUUCGUGGAAGAGUCGCAAGCCAAGCUGGAUGCUGCGAAGGAGUCGAAGCAAAGAUACAAGCGCCGACUUUCGGAGAGGAACAACGAGCUUGAGAUCCUCAUCAAUGAGAACUCAGACCUUCAUCAACAGAUCGGCGACCAGACACGGGAGCUAGGUGCGCUUAAGAAGGGCAAAGGCAAGCUGGUCGAAGAGCUGUCAAAGAAGGAGAAGUACAUCGAAGAACUCGGAUCUUCUACUGAUAGCAGGAUAAGAUCAAUGAACUCGGCAUAUGACGGUCUCAAACGGAAGUUUGAAGAGCAGCAGCAACAGCAACGAGAGCUAGACGGCAAUCACGACAACGCCGUUCGUCUAGAAGCUGAGCUAGAGAGGAAGAUGACUGAGAUUGAAGAGAUGCGACACCAUCAGGACGAGUAUGCAGCGUCAUUUACUGCGUUGGAGCAGGAAGUCAAGGCCUUGCGAGAUGACAAGCGAGCUUUUGAGACCUUGAUCGCGACAUUGCAAGAUAAGAUCAGACAUUUGGAAGCCCUGGAGCAGUGGGAUGAGCCCAAGGAGAACAAGGAGUCGGGCGAACUCCAUCGCACUUCCUCGCCCCGCCACAUCACCAUCCAUGACGGCCCUUACGACACUGCUCCUUCGAGUCCAAUUUCAUCUCACACAAGGAGUUCGAUUGGACACAUGAGUAUGCAGCAUGAGAGGCCGCAGACUAGCGCGAGCACCGUCUCUCACGAGGGUGAUCCUGAGUCCUGGGGCCUGCGGAUAGAAAAGAUACGCAUGCAACGCGAUGACGCAGCCGUCCAACUCAAGGGUAUGAAGAAGUCGCGACACAACCUCAAGAAGACUUUGCGGGAUACAGACGCGCAACUUCAUCGGAUGGAGAAGGAGACCAAAACGUACGUAUCCUGUACUAAUAUCAUCAAACGAUCGAGAUCAGCAGCUGACAAACCCAGUAAACGUCCCCAAAACCUCCUCCGCAAGAAGUCCCGUCCCAUGACACCCAACCCCCUCACCGCCUCGCCCGACUUAUCCCGCAACACACCCUCCCCGCGCAUCGGCAGCGCACCCCAAACACCAGAUCGUCCUAAGACCUCCCACGCAAUCUCCUCCUUCUCGCCUCGCUCAACCGUCAACACCAAUUCGAGGCAUAGCACCUACAUCGCUCCCAGCGCUCCUAUGACGCCUGAAAACAAGACUGCGCCGUCUACGCCCGAACGACCUAAGACGAGUCAUAGUAUCAGACAUAGACUGAGUUAUAGACCGACGACUAGUGGCGGUGAAGAACAUGUACAUAAGGGUCAUGGACACGUGAGGAAGUGGAGUUCAGGCUUGAGGAGUUUGUUCCAUAAGGAUGGGUGA